GUUUAUCUGCUACAUACAUUGAAGCUGGACAUGAUAUUUCGGGUGCUCUCGUUAUUGCUUGGACUUUGAUUGGUAUUUUUGUCGAGCAAGAAGAUUUAGUUAUCCAUUGGGUAGCUCUCGUUCUUGCCGUCUUGUCAAUUCUUCAUAUCAUCAAAGGUAUUGUUGAUCUUAUUCGCAGAAACAGAACAGACGGAGAAUACACCCCAUUGA